GCGCCGGCAGUGCUAGCCCGCGAGCGUACUCUCACUUUCGUCACGUCUCUCGUACUGUAACGUUGCAACCAUGUGGAGGAAGGUUUUGUUGGUGAUGUGUGCCUGUGUCGUGUUUGGGGAGGAUAUGCUGCCGGAAGAAUUCACGCGGUGUCGACAAAAGGAUGCCAAACUCAACGACUGCCUAAAAGGCGCAGUCCCUGACGCUCUACGUAAAAUGAAAAAAGGUAUACCGUCUCUGGGUGUGCCAGCGCUGGAGCCGUUGCUGGUGUCGAGCAUAGACAUCGGCGCAGGCGCUGGGCCAGUCGUCAUCAUGCAGAACUACCGCCGCAUCAAGCUGCACGGUCUCACUGAUUCCGUGCUCACCACUUACAAAGCGGAUCUCAAGCACUACCGCCUGCGCACAGAUUCGCACACGCCCAAGAUGGAGUUCAUCGCUGACUACGUGAUGAAGGGCCGCAUUCUCGUGUUGCCAAUCCAGGGCAAGGGCAUCGCUAACAUCACCAUGUUGAACCUGGUAGUAAAACACGAUCUGAUAGGCGAGCCGGUCGUCCGUGACGGACAAACAUACAUGCACAUCAAGGAGUACCGCGUCAAAUUUGUGCCGCAACGCGUGCUGCUCUAUUUCACCAAUCUCUUCAACGGGGACAAGAGGCUUGGUGACCAGAUGAAUGCUUUCCUAAACGAGAACUCCGAGCUGGUGUUCAACGAGCUGAAGGAUUCGUACGAGAAGAGCCUUAGCUCCGUGUUCCAGGACGUCAGCAACAAGAUCUUCGACAAAGUUCCCAUGAACAAAAUUUUCCUUGAAGACUAACAUGUCCGACUGGCAAGUGUUUGAACGCGAUUGAGGUGCAGAUAGGAUGCGAAACUUUCGGAAGAAUGUAUGCGCAAGGCAAAAGUGAAAAAAUCUAUUUUUUUUUAUUACUGUACAUACAGGUGGAACAAACAGUUACCCAGCAGUUUUUAACACUUGCCAUAGUACAGUUAUGUGAUAUUAAUAAUAAAAACUUUUUACAGUACCGGCACGCUAUGAUGGCCGUUUUGACAGAUUACAAUAAUCAGAUCUCUAUUCAUUGUCGAUAAAAAUAUAAUCAA